AUGAUAAGUAGUAUUAAGACUCAGCUACAAGUUGCGAAAAAUUGCACUCGCUCGCCGUCAUUUCUGGGAGUCUGGAAAAAAUUCAAAAAUAUAACCAAAGACAUAGCGUUCGCCGUCGUGCUCGAACUGUUGACCGUUACGUCUACCGAAAUUGAAAAUGUACGCGAAAUUCUACGUGUGCUCGAGCCGUUUUACCAAUUUCCUAGUGAAAAGCAACUGCUCGAUGUUAUCAUACCGCAGUUGUACGAACAAGUCAAGAAAAAGGUUUCUACGAUAAUAAAGAACGAUUUGUCAAAUGGCGUUCAAUCAAUAGCCUUAACUAUUGAUGGUUGGACUGGAAGAAGUAUCACUGAUCAUAUGACAGUUACUGUACAUUAUUGGACUGCUGAUUUUGAACCAAGACAUUUUUUAUUGCAAUUAGAAAGUUUACCGAAAAAUUGGAACUCUGCUGAAGAUCUAUUCCAUCUAAUACAAAAUGUGCUACUGAAGUAUGGAUAUUUGAAAGAAAAUAUGACCAUCCACAUUGUCACUACAAAUGGUGAUAAUAUAGUUAAAGCUAUUUCUAUGGAUGAUAAAUGGAUCAGAAUUCCUUGCUUCGCUCGUCUGUUACAAUUUACAAUCGAUGAUGUUCUAAACAGUUUUAAUGAUUUUAGUAAUCUCGUUACAAAAUGUCAUACUUUAGUCUCCAAUAUUUGGCCAUCUAAAUCUGAUUGCAAAGAAUCAAUUAUAGAUAACUUUGAGAAUCAAACUUGCAGCAUAUUAGAUGAUAUAGUUCCUUCCUGGAACUCAACAUUUGACAUGUUUGAAAAUUUGAUCAAACUACGUUCCUCAUUGAAAAUGUUUUUGAGAAAUACUCCUUUGCUACCAGAAAAAUUAACAAAAUCAAAUUGGGAAUCAAUAUCAGUUUAUAUUAAAAUAUUUGGUUUAUUGAAACAAGCUAGUAACUUGAUGAGUAAAGAAGCUUAUCCACCACUUUCACUGUAUUUAUCAACCAUCCGAGGCAUACUGGAAUUAAUAGAAUCUGAAAAUUGGACUGAUAAACUUUCAGCUCAAUUAAUUAAUUCAAUUUGUUCAAGAUUUAGUCACAUCAAUAUCAGCGAGCCAAUAAUUAUUGCUAUGGUUGCAGAUCCUAGAUUCAAAACACAUUUAUUGUUAGAAGAUGAAAAAAGUACUGUAUUUGAUAUUAUUAAAAAUAAAAUGCUUUGUGUAGAUAAUAUAGACAUAGAGAUAAAAUGUGAAUCUCUUAAGAUUAAGAAUACAAGAGAGCUUGCGUUAGAAAGUUAUUUUGUAGAUAUUCGAAAGAAAAAAGUUUCUGAUAUUGAAAAAAUGGUUGAAGCUGAGUUGACUUAUUAUUUACAUGAAAAUUUAGUUCCAGUAGAUACAGUUGUUCAUGAGUGGUGGAAAUCAAAUGCAACCCGUUUUCCAAAAUUAUGCAAAUUAGCAAAGAUUUAUUUGUCAAUACCAGCAAUUCAGGUGAGCAGUGAACGGGCUUUCAUGAAUAAACAAGGUUUUAUUACUGACUCAAGGGCAGAAAAACUAACAAAAGAAGUAAAUGUUUUAGACCUAAUGCGAAUCAGUUUUUUAAAUCAGAACAUGAAUCAAUUUAAAAAAGAUAUUUAUUUUUAAUGAAGAUAUU